ACACCUUGACAUCACUUUCUGAUAAGGUAUAAAUAAUGAUAUGAACUGCACAAAAGGAUUCAUUCGUAUCCCAGAUUUAUAACCCAAUUCAAGUAUUAAAUUUUUUAGUGAAAUAUUUGCAUUUGAAAUGUACAAAAAGCUCGGAUUCCUACUAGUUGCUAUCGGCAUUGCAGCCUGCAAUGGCCGUGCUUAUGUUAGAGUUUCUAGUACCUCCAUAAUCGAGAAGGAAGUUAGACCAGCAGCUAACGAUACUAAAGGAAUUACCGGUGUAGUAAUUCCUUGCUCGCAAGCGCAAAAUCCAAACUGUGUAUGUGGUGGAGUAGGAUCUAUCGUUCAGCUUAGGAUCACCGAUUGCGAAGGGUCAAGCGGAUGCACUUUCGUCCCCGGAACAAGUUACACCUCUGAGAUAGAUUUCAUUCCAAGCACUUCCGGUCCAGGUUUGAGGCUGAAGGUUGAGGUAGUGCAAUUCGGGUUCAACACGGUAAUCUUAGAAGAGGUGCUACCUAACUCUAAUGUCGAGGCUGGGUCAACUUACACCGUCACUUAUUCUCUCGUUGCAAACGACGUCCUCAGUGGAAGCUCCGUCGUACUAACAGGCAAACUCUUCAACACUGAAACUCAAUUAUUGGAAUUGUGCGUUGGUACUAUUGCUAGAAUAACAUAGGUACUCAAAUCUCCAUUAAGCUGAAAAUAAAAGAACAACAAGUAAAUAUUGCAGCAUAA